ACAUCAGUCAAUCUUUAGACAUGUUUGUUACGACACUCGUAGUUCUUGGGUCCGCUUUGGGUCUUCUCUAUCUAUACUUGAAGAGAAAAAAUGAAUACUGGAAGUCCAGGGGCCUCGUUACUCCUAAGCCUUUGCCGCUUCUCGGUAACUAUGGGGACUUCAUCCUGCUUAAGAAAAACCUUUUUGACACUGUCACUGACAUUUGCAAACAGUUCCCUAAGGAGCCUAUCGUCGGUGUGUACUACGGUACGGAGACGGUCGUCAUCAUCAAGGAUCCAGAGCUCUUAAAGCUUGUCAUCACCAAGGACUUCUACUACUUCAGCAGCCGAGAUCUCUCGGCACAUACAGAAAGGGAAAUAAUGACCAAAAAUGUGUUCCAAGAAUAUGGGGAUACCUGGCGCGUCAUGCGGCAAAACCUCACCCCGGUCUUCACAUCAGCUAAGAUGAAGAAGAUGUUCUACUUAAUUCAUGAACGCACGCAAGACUUCGAGAAAUUCUUGGAUAGAGAAAUCGCCGCUAAACCAACACACGAAGUCAGGGGCUUCGUGGCGAAAUAUACCAUGGAUUGCAUCGGAUCAUGUGUCUUUGGCCUUGAAACUAAAGUCAUGCAAGAGAAGAGCGACAAUCCUUUCGUGGCCAUCAGCGAGAAAAUUUUCGACUUUCACGCCUCCAGGGUUUUUAAAAAUAUCGUGAGAACUAUCUGGCCGAACAUUUUCUAUGGAUUAGGCAUGAAAGCCUUCGAUCAGGACGUUGGUGACUUCUUCACCAAGCUUAUCGGAGGUGUCUUCUCUGAUCGUAACCAUACUCCAAGUUCAAGGCACGACUUCAUCGAUUUCCUGCUCGGGUUCAAGAAAAAUAACUGCAUUACGGGGGAUGGUAUAAAAUCUCUGAAAAGCGGAAGCGAUGCCAAAGAAAAAGUGAGUUUGCCAGUGGAUGAUGAAAGUCUAGUGGCGCAAACUUUCAUAUUUUUCGCGGCUGGAUUUGAGACGUCAGCAGCGACUAUGAGCUUCGCUUUGUUUGAGAUGUCCAAAAACCCUGAAGUUCUGAAGCGUGCAUUAGACGAAGUGGACGAGUAUUUGGUGAAGACCGGAGGACAGGUCACGUAUGAAUGUGUCAACGAUUUACCUUACUUGGAAGCUUGCGUGGACGAAGCUCUUCGCAUAUACCCGGUACUAGGAGUCCUGACUCGCGAGGUGGUGGAGGACUAUCACAUGCCCUCAGGUCUGCUGCUGAAGAAGGGCACGCGCGUGCACAUACCGGUGCAGUACCUGCAGAUGCACCCGGACUACUUCCCGGAGCCUGAGCAGUUCCGACCCGAGCGGUUCUUGGGAGCCAACAAGGACGAUAUCAAGCCUUACACGUACUACCCGUUCGGAGAUGGACCUAGGAUUUGCAUAGGCAUGCGUUUCGGGAAGAUGCAGAUGCUGGCAGGCCUGGUCACGUUGCUCCGCCACUACACCGUGGAGCUGCCCUCGCACGUGCCCCGGAAGGUCGAGUUCGAUCCUUUGGCCUUCACGCUGCAGUCCAAACAUAAGAUCGAACUGAACUUCUUGCCGAGAACCAAGGUUUCUAGUCAAUAAUCAUUAAUCAACUCUUUCAAAUGGAAUGCAUUUGUUUGA